GGGGGUUUUGAGGUGGGGUCUCCUUUCCGCGAUGGAUCAGUCUGGGACCACGCAGACCCAGCCUCAACACGAACCCAUCAGCUUUGGCAUCGACCAGAUCCUCAGUGGCUCUGACCAGGAGAGCUGCCUGCAGCCCAGCGCCAGGGUCUCGGAGGCCGGUUACUUGAGCAGUCCGGUCAGCGGCGCCUACCCGGGCUUGGCCACGGCUUACCCAGCCAUGGGGGCUACAUACGAGGACAGCGUGUCGGGAUCUUACAGUGUUAACCUGAGCAUGAACGUCAACGGCCUGGCGUCCGCCGGAGUCAUCCGUGUGCCCGCUCAUCGCCCGGUCCCUCAAACGGCCAUGCCCACCGUGUCAACCGUGGCCGGUUUGAGCGGCCUCAACUUCCCCUGGAUGGAGAGUAGCCGGAGGUUUGCAAAGGACAGACUCACAGCAGCCUUGACCCCUUUCACCGUGACACGGCGGAUCGGCCACCCUUACCAGAACAGGACUCCCCCGAAGAGGAAGAAGCCCCGAACUUCUUUCACCAGGAUUCAGAUCUGUGAGCUGGAGAAGCGCUUUCACCGCCAGAAGUACCUAGCCUCGGCGGAAAGAGCGGCGCUGGCAAAAUCUCUCAAAAUGACCGACGCUCAAGUCAAGACCUGGUUUCAGAACCGCAGAACCAAGUGGAGGCGGCAGACAGCAGAGGAGAGAGAGGCCGAGAGACAACAGGCCAACAGACUGAUGCUGCAACUACAACACGACGCCUUCCAGAAAUCUCUCAGCGACUCGAUUCAGCCAGAUCCUCUGUGUCUGCACAACUCGUCUCUGUACGCGUUGCAGAACCUGCAGCCCUGGGCUGAAGAUAAUAGCAAGAUGCCAGUUGUUACAUCGUUAGUGUGAGACUGAGAGAGUGAGGUGAGCAGCAAAUCCGAGCCCGGCUCUCUCUCUCCAAGAAAUUAAUCUGUGAGUUCAUUUUAAUUUUAUUCUUUCUUUAGAAGUUGAACUGGGGGAGAGCAGCGCAUCAGAGAAUCUCAACAUCAGGGAUCGGGAAACGAAGGGGUUUAAGGAAUUCUUUAUUGAACUGAACAGAACUCAAAGACAACAACGUGAGGGUGAAUAAACAACAAGGCACUACCGAAAAACAAUUACACAGCAAAACAGAACUUCUCAAAGACUGCUUGAAAAGCUGGCGAGAGACAUUCCUGCAGCAAAACUGCCUGUUGUUCAAUCUUCGAGGAUUAAAAAUUUCUUCGUUUUGUUUUGUUAAUAAUUAUAUAUUUUUAAAUAACCCCUCAGGAAAGAAUGAAAACAGGAGCAUCUCCACAUAUUUAUUGCUGACGUGAAGCACUGGCCUUGGGACAGAGGAAAGUAACUUUUUUUAAUGUGGGCGGUCACUGAACACUCCUCCUUUCUCCGACUUGAGGGUGAGUGUGGGUCCCCUCGAGCACAGGGAAAGCGGGGAGAGUGCGCCUCCCCCGAAGAGCCACUCUCUGCUCCCCGGCUUGUGGCCUCUCCUACUUGUCGCAUUAACAGCCGGGGAAGUGCCUGUGCCCUCCGCAGGUUAUGAUUGGGACCGUGAAGAAAGUUUGAGAGAGAAGGGACGAGACAAGUGGGAUUGUGAACUAGAUCGAUCACUGGUGUGUGUGUGUGUGAAUGAGAGAGAGAGAGAGGGAGAAUUCACCGAAUGUUAUUAAUGUGCUUCAUCCAUCAAGCAGAGCAGCGGUCAUAUACUAUCGCUCAGUCUUGUCUUUCUUUGAAUUCCCUGUUAUUCACUUUACUCCAGCUGCGAGCCCGGGACAGGGGCUGUUUUCCCCCCGCUCUGUUCGAGAAGCAUGCGCCAGAGCAUUUUUAAAAAAAAAUGUAUGGAUUUAUGUAAGGGCCAUCGAUUAUAGGUUUGACUGAAGGUAAUAUAAUGUAUAUAACAAGCACUGUACACUAUUAAUUUGUAUCUACAGAAUGUGUAAAUAAAAGUCGGCUUUCUUUACAAAACGAAAA